GAAUGAGGGAGAGAAUCUAACAGGACUGGGAGGAUAGAACUGAAGUGGCUGUGUGGUGUUACAGUUGAGUUGAGCGAUCUCUUCUCUUUUCUUGUCUUGUCUUUUGCAAUGGCUAAUGCAAUUAUAAUGCCGGGUUUUCUGCUUCGACCCACUACCCAGACGACGCCGUUUCGGUUGCCCAAUCACACUCACUCCUUCCAUUCCCCUCGCUGCUCCCUUUCCCUCACACCCCAAUCGGCUAAAGCUUUUGCAGUUCCAAGGAGGAAAGCAUUGUCCUUGAUCUUAUCAAGUUACUUUCUCUCGGAGGCUGGUUUAACAUUGGCUCAACAGUCUCCUGUGUUCCGCGAAUACAUAGACGCAUUUGAUGGUUAUUCAUUCCAGUACCCGGGGAGUUGGAUUCAAGUCCGAGGUGCCGGGGCCGACAUAUUCUUCAGGGACCCUUUUGUUCUUGAUGAAAAUCUAUCUCUUGAAAUUUCUUCACCUUCAUCUUCCCAGUACAAGAGUGUUGAAGACUUGGGUCCACCCCAAGAAGCUGGAAAGAAAGUGCUCAAACAGUAUCUGACUGAGUUUAUGUCUACUAGACUCGGCGUUAGACGUGAAUCAAAUAUUCUUUCCACGUCUUCAAGAGUAGCUGAUGAUGGCAGGUUAUACUAUCAAGUUGAGGUAAACAUAAAGUCAUAUGCCAAUAACAACGAGCUUGCUGUUAUGCCAGAAGCCCGAGUGGUACGUCUGGAAUGGGAUCGGAGGUACCUAUCUGUUCUUGGGGUUGAAAACAACCAAUUGUAUGAGUUGAGAUUGCAGGUGCCAGAAAAUGUGUUUUCAGAGGAGGAAAAUGAUCUUCGUCGAAUCAUGGAUUCGUUUCGAGUGAACAAGAUUGCCGCUUAGAACUAGAGUGUUGGAUACAUGAAGAUAUUCCACGGUCGUUGAAUUUUAAUCUUAUUUCUUCUUUAUUCUGAUGAUCUCUUUCUCUAAUCUUUUUCUUUUUUACUUGAUUGAAUUUUUUUCUUCUUUGGCUAAAUUUUGGCCAUACUAUCAUAUCCUUUGUUACAUUAUUGUUCUCACUUUCCUAUUUAUGUGAGUCUGCUUGUUAAAUUAAUUUUAACAUGACUGUUAACUGUUCA